AAAGACGAGCAUCGAAAACGAAAAAGUAAACAUUGCAGUAGUGUCGAUAACAUUGAAUUUUAGUUGUGUGAAGUUGUUUUGUAUUUAAGUCGGUAACGAAGAUUUUGUAGAAUAAUUUAUCAUUAUCAAUGUAGAAUAUAUCUUCGGGUCGUUAGCGAAAGCUAAUGAUCAUUAAUUUUAAAAUUAAAAAAGCUUUCUGAGUAAUGACAGUAACAGAGAGAAUUAAGCAGCUCAGAAAUGUCUUGUUCAGCGGAUAGUGAUCUGUGCAAACAAUUGUCACAACACAUUGAGAAACUUACUCAUUCUGGUAAAAAUUCUCUCGAAGAAAAACUUUUAAAAGAAGUGAAAAAUAUAUGCAAAUUGUCCGACAAUUACGUGGAACAUGCAUACCACCACGUCAUGCACCAUCUGGGGAAAAACCACGCUGAAGUACGCUUCAGCGCCUUCCAACUGUGCAGUGAGCUUUUCCAGCGGUCUCACGCGUUCCGCGAGCAGCUGCUUCCGAACCUGCGGCAGCUCUUUGAGAUGACGGUGGAGUCGUGCCCUGACCGGCCCCUCCCGCCUCCGAGGCCGGUCGCGCUGAAGCUCAAGCGCCUGGCCUUGCACACCGUGCUCGAGUGGAACAAGACAUUCGGGAGGAAGUACAAAGAGUUGCAGUUGGGCUACAACUUCCUCGCGCAUCGUAAAAGGGUGGAUUUUGCUUCCUUGGAGUUGGAAUCUUCUGCUGAAAGAGCAAGGCAGCAGGGACUUGAGAGAAGAAAAAACUUAAUUAAUGAGUCAAAUAUUAAGAAAGUUAGGUUGGAAAUUAAAGAACUGGAGUCUGAAAUUUCAGCUUCUGCAGCCGCCCUUGAUAAUUGCAUAUCGUUGUUACUGCCGCCUCCAGACGAGUUCUUUGUCCACGAAGAAGAGAGUGUACCGUGUUCAGACAACGUGUCUGCAGAUACCAACCUUUCAGAUGGUUUUAGCAGACCUGAUAUCGAACACCCUAGUGUUCCUACCGUGCCCGAAGGUCCGACUUGUAACGAAAGCGACGGUUUUGAAAGUGGCAGUGACGAUCCAGAAGUCGACGACAGGGGAGAGGAUGAGGAAAUUGAUUUGAGAAGCCACGGAAUGUUCAACACAAAUUUCAACAUUGAAAUAAAGCUUCACCCAGGCUUAGGUGAUGCAAAUCAAAUAAACGUGACAGAUGAGAAUGCAGUUAUUGUUGAAAAUGCCAGAGAUCACUUUACACUCAUCAACAAACGCUACUUACCCUGUGUUAAGAAGUGGAUUCUCAUCCUCACUAAAUCGUCAGGGACACCUGAAGACAUAAGAAAAGUAACUGAUAUAAAGCAGUCCUUAGAAGCAGUAAUAUCAAAAUUCUUGAAACUUAAUCUUCAAAAAUCUGGCCAGAUUGUCAGUGAUGAUUCCUCGGACAGCGACUUUGAAGACGUUGAAGAGAAAGUUGGCUUUGAAGAAACUGCCAAGGAACCGCCUUUGCCGGCACCGGAAUCACCUUCUUUGACAAAGACCAGCAAGAAACUUGAAACACCAGAGUGGAAUAUUCUGCCCAAAGAAAAUGAAAAAGAGGACCCAACCACUGCCCAGUCCACGAUAUCAAAGCUACUGGCCGCCAAGCCAUCGGGUUCAUCGGCAAACUCAGAUGGGAAGGGCGCGGAAGAACACGAUCCCCACGGCAGCUUGUCAGCGAGGAGCGACGGUGGUCCUGGAAACAAAGCGGGUUGCCAGCAAGAAUCUCGGCCGUCUACAUCGCAGACAGAUGAGGGAGGAAGGAAAGCCAAACUGCUGGCCAUCGCGCCGAAGUUGCCGUACGACAUUGACCUGUACCACUGGGAGGACGAGAAGCUGACCGCACCCACCAUGCUUGCGGUCAAGGCUGAGAACUCUAGGUUCUGGUCGUCGACGAACAUAGAUGAAAUGGAAGAAAUUCCAAAUCCGGAAGGGUCUUCCUGUCUGCGCACCCGUGUCAUUGAGUUCACGGGUAAAUUUGAGCCCGUCAAAAGAGCCUGUCGUGCUCCGCUGGGGAACGGAAAACUCUGCCCUCGCCACGACAGGUACAAGUGUCCGUUCCACGGCCCAGUUGUCCCGAGAGACGAGACGGGCAACUGUGUGGAUCCAGGAGACGAGAAGCAGCCGGCGAAGGCGUCGGGAAGCGAGGCUAGCUCGGGAGACAGGGCGCAAGAGAUCCCGGACUGGCAAGACCCCCAGUUGCUGGCGGACAUCAAGGCUGCAACAGGAAUUGAUUUGAAAAUGCCGGAAAAAAGGAAAGGAAAGAAAAAGAAGCAGAAGAAACCCAAAGAAAAGAAACACCCUGGUCUUACCGAUAUCAAAGUUAGACAGAAUACAGCAUUCAACCGUUUGUCAAAAAUUGUAUUUAAAAAGUCAGCCAUGAAAAGAGUAGCAUCUGCGCUGGACAAACAAGAUCGUAAGAAAUUCCGUGACAAGUAUGGAGACCAGUUCAAUUACAUGCAUUAACCUGCAUAAUAAGUGGCUUUGAAUCCAACCAAAAGUCAAAAAAAAUUAUUUGUGUGGUUAAGUAUCCCUCUUAAUACAGCUGCAGACAUUACAGCGGUUACUUUAAAAAAUAGUCUGACCACAAUAAUAAAUUAUAGUUUUAAUAAUUUACAUUUAAGCAGUGCUAAAAUGAAAAAAAAAAAAAAAAAAAUUGGUUGUCUGUAAAUUCGGUUUACGGACAAUAGUUUAACGUGAUGUCAUAAUAAAACAUUGACGAAAUGAUUGCAUACUUUUAUGAAUAAAAUUGAAUCAUUUUUAUUUAAAUAAUAAAAGAAUAAAUACUUCAAAUUAUACUAGUAAUCAGAUUUUUAAAAUGCAAGAAUAAUUAACCUUUAUUGCCGAAAUUGUUGUAAUAAGCAAUGAAAACCACAUUAAUUUUUCACUUCACUUUAUAACCAGUCGACUAAACAGUUUGUGUGUAAAUGUAAGUCGUGUGCUGCCGCUGUCUUUCUCCUCCUCGGAUGCAUAGGCCAAUCGAGUGGGAGAGAGAUAGAUGCGGCGCAAGCGUACAGUGAGUGUAACGGGACACAGUGUAACAAGACAAUGUGCGUAAUGGGACACUUGUUUGUGCGUGCAGCUGGCAUUCAUUGAUUUAUUAGACGUCACGUCAAAAAAAGUUUGUAUCUUUCUUUUUUGAUCACACCUCUGAAUUGCAUCGAUGCUAACAGUAAACUUAAGAUCUGUAAUAAAAAUACUUACUACACACAAACAUUUUUAGCGAACAAUUAAUUUACAGAUGCUUUGUACUCAACUUUGUGAGAAGGAAUGGUCACCCCAUGACAAUGGGAGAAAAAAUAUUGUAUUGUUUUAAUUUUUUAAUGACAAAUGUUUAUAUUGAAUUUAUAUAAUUUAUUUGUUUGAAUAAAUUUUGGAGAUACUUUUA